AGAAGAAGAAGAAGAGGAGAAGAAAGAGUGUGAGAGAGGAAAAAAAAAAGCUGCACUACGCAAAUUUAUUGAAACGUCUCAUCUCAUCGUUUACUAAUUUAAAAUUCGGUUGAAUUUUGCCAGGUGAUUAUCAGACAGAAUGGCAGCAGACUGGUUGGGCAGCCUUGUUUCGAUCAAUUGUGGUCCGACUUUGGGAGUGUACCAAGGAGAAGUGUCCUCGGUUGAUCAGGCCAGUCAAACCAUCUCUCUCAAACAACCGUUUCACAAUGGCAUCAAGUGUCCAGUGCCUGAGGUCACUUUCAGCGCUAUGGACAUCAAAGAGCUCAAAAUCUUGGAAAUUCGUAAUGGCUCCAAUGGAAUCACGAAGCGGAGUGUUCCUGAAUCUAGCUCCUCCAUAACUGGUUACACUGGACGCAAGGACAAAGGUGGAGGUAACAGCGGAGGCAACAGUGCUCCUGUAAAUGUGCCCAAAGCUGAGCCCAGGCUGCGUGAUGGAGGCAUGUCUCCUUCACAGCACUACUCCAAGAGCUAUGUAGAACGCCAUGUAGAGCUGGCAGGCCAGAGUAAAGGCUUCAGACGAAGACACAACUCUUGGUCGUCCAGCAGUAGAGGAGCAAAUCAGGUCACGCCGAAGAAGAACGGCUCAAAGAAUGGCCAAAUGAAGAACAAAGAUGAUGAAUGUUUUGGCGAUGGCAUGGAUGACGUUCUAGAUGAGGACUUUGACUUUGAGGGGAACUUGGCUCUCUUCGACAAAGCCGCCGUCUUCUCGCAGAUCGAUUCGUCAGAUCGGAGAGGUAACGGUGCACGGACACGGGGGAAUCCUGCAGAGCAGACGCCCUCGCGUUACAGACAUGACGAGAACAUUCUGGAAGCCAAGCCUGUCGUGUACAGACAGAUCAUAGUGCCUCAGUCGGGGGCAAAGGAAUAUAGCACUGAUUCGGGGCUGGUGGUCCCCAGUAUCUCAUAUGAAUUGCACAAGCGCUUGCUGAGUGUGGCUGAGAAUUACGGUCUCUCUCUGGAGCGCAGGCUGGAGAUGACCGGUGUGUGUGCCAGUCAGAUGGCUCUCACACUGCUUGGAGGCCCAAACAGGCUUACACCUAAAAAUCUGCACCAGCGUCCAACGGUGGCGUUGCUGUGCGGGCCGCAUGUACAGGGAGCUCAGGGAAUCAGCUGCGGCCGCCACUUGGCCAACCAUGAAGUGGAGGUCGUCCUCUUCCUCCCAAACUUUGUCAAGAUGCUAGAAGCCAUCAAUAGUGAACUUGCACUGUUCAGCAAGACGGGUGGCAAACAGGUUUCCAGCGUCAAAGAUUUACCAGAUACCCCAGUGGACCUGGUCAUAAACUGUCUGGACUCUCACGAGAACACUUUCCUGAGUGAGCAGCCGUGGUACCGGGUAGCGGCUGACUGGGCCAAUCAGAACCGAGCCCCUGUGCUGAGUAUAGAUCCUCCAGUGAGCGGGCAGGAGCAAGCUGUGGAGGCGAAGUGGUCCCUCUGUCUGGGCCUUCCGCUCCCACUGCCAGAGAGAGCAGGUAGAGUCUACCUGUGCGACAUUGGCAUCCCGUGCCAAGUGUUUCAGGAAGUGGGCAUCAAGUACCACUCGCCCUUCGGCUGCAAGUUCGUCAUCCCGCUGCACUCGACGUAAACAUACUGGCCCAGGGUCAGUUAGCCAGAACCUGCCUUAAAUCCCGGGGUGAUCAGAUAUCGGUGUGAGCGAGCCCUUUCUGUUGUACUGAAUUCAGCAUCGUUUUUCUUUUGCGUUCUUUAAAGCGAUCUUCAAAUCCUGGAUGGUGAGUUGGGAAAAGGGAAGAAGACUGGAGGAACACACCCAGCUUGUGGUUCCGCCUACUUUCCAUCUGUCCGUGUGUUUACCGUGGAACCAGCCUCUGACACUUUCCGCAUGUUGUUUUGAAUUUAAAGAAACAAUGAAAGACUGUUAGUCUUUACAGACGAAUGAUGUGGUUUGAGCUGCGGAGCUCAGAUCCAUUUGCACAAAGAUGCGAUGUUUCAUCUUGUUAAAUGCUGUAUAAAGAUGACAUCAACACAGAACCAGAAUAAUCCUGCUUGGGACUCGUUUAUCUGAGUUAACCAGUCUAUGUUGCUUAGAUUCCUUUCAGUGCUCGAGUUCUUUUGUAUUGAGAUGAAUUUGGUUUUUCUUUGUCUGGGGGGGAAUUGUAGCAGUUAGGGAUUUUUUUUUUUUUUUUUUUUUCCCCUCCAAGCUUGUGCCAAAUGUGAUCAAAGUAAGCACUGGUUUGCAGAAUCUAAAGUCUUUGGGUUAUUUAAAGAGGUAAUCAAAGCCUUGUUCGACUUUCUGUUGCCCAAGCAGGUAGGAUUCUUACUGAAAAUAUCCUUUCUUGGUUUUCUCAGUACCAUUCUGGCUAAUUUUAUUUGUUGGCCUGAAUGACAGACAAACACCAACAUUCCACCUCACUUAUUCAGAUGGUUUAUUUUUUGUAUAAGAGUUGUGGAGCAGUUUAGGUACCUUUUGUGUGAUGCGACUAUAAUAGAACCUUAUUUGGAAACGGAGCUACACAUAUACGAUGUGACGUUGCGCACUUUUAUACGAGUUUCAGGAUGAACAGAGAUACAACAGUAAGCUGUCAAAGUCCAAGCUGUUUGUAUUUGAACACUUUUUCAGUUUUACUUUAAACUGAGUUGUCUUUAAAGAAAAUCUACAAUUUGGUUGCUUUAGAAAAGGAACCUGAAUUGUUCAACGUAAAACAUUUUUACUGUCUUGUUAAAUAGCGAUGUGUUUUUUUUUUGUUUUUUUUUUCAUUUUCCCCUUAAGUUUUGUAGAAUUUUGUCAUUUUAUUCCCCCCCCCCCUUUUUUUUAAUGGGUUUUGUUUCUUUUCUUUAGGCCUGUUUGUCAUGCACUGUCAGUCAUGAAAUUUACAAAUGGAUUUGGAUAUACAUGGAGAGGUUUCCACAGUUUAACUUAACAUCACACAUGACUAGGAAAGCAUCAUGGUAUUCAAGAUGCUGCAUUUGAUACAUGACAAAGUAUGAUUAAAGUGCCAUUCCACCAUUUGGAUGUAUUCUUUGGCAUAAAAUACAAUAUAUUUUAUGACAACAUGACUAGACAGAGAAAUCUUUUAGCUUCAAAAUGAUAUAUCAAACAUAAUUUUUUGAC